AUGCACGCCGUGGGCUGGAUCCGUACCAGCCAGGGCUUACUGGAGGGCCUGUGCCCUGCGCUGGAGCGGGAGGGGGAGCCCAGGCUUUGGAGACCUGGCAGUCUCCUGGGAGGGCCAACCCCUGGGACGCCCAACUCCAAACAGCAUGAGGUGGUACAGGACUGGAAGCUCAUCCUCAAGCCGGCAGUUUCUGCGGGGUUGCGGGCUCCGGGGUUUCCCGGGCCCCGUGGGCUGGGCGGCGAGGAGCACCGGGGAGGCGCGGCUCCCGGGCGGAGCGACUGGGCGGCCGGCGGCGGGAGGGCCCUGCAGGCCCAGGGCGCCGGCCAGGGAGGGGCCGCGGGCCGGGCCGCCCUGCCUCUUCCGGGGGAGCCGGGGAGCCGGGAGGCGGUCUGCCCGGGUCUGCGCGCCGCACUUCCCCCUCGCCGGGGGGUGGCCGGCACAGCGCCGGAGCCCGAGCCAGCCCCGCGGGCCGCACCGCGCGGGGGUCGCCGCCACCCACGCGCAGACUGGUUCCGGCAGGCCCUUUCGAAGCCCAAGAAGCCGCCGGACCCUGCAGAAAGCACCUCCAGGGAUGUUUCCCAGCCGAGCUCCCAGGAGGACCCCCCCGCCCUGGGCCUCAGCUCAGCCUGGUCUCCCACCUCCCCACCCACACACGGGGGUGCCAGCAGCACCAGCAGCAGCAGCGGCGGCGGCCGCUGGAGCAAGGACUACGAUGUCUGUGUGUGCCACAGUGAGGAGGACCUGGCGGCCGCCCAGGAGCUGGUCUCCUACCUGGAGGGCAGCACAGCCAGCCUGCGCUGCUUCCUGCAGCUUCGGGACGCCACCCCGGGCGGCGCCAUCGUGACCGAGCUGUGCCAGGCCCUGAGCAGCAGUCACUGUCGGGUGCUGCUCAUCACCCCAGGCUUCCUGCGGGACCCGUGGUGCAAGUACCAGAUGCUGCAGGCCCUGAGCGAGGCCCCCGGGUCCGAGGGCCGCACCAUCCCGCUGAUGUCGGGCCUCACCAGAGCCGCCUACCCUGCCGAGCUCCGGUUCAUGUACUUUGUCGACGGGCGGGGCCCUGAUGGCGGCUUUCGCCAGGUCAAGGAGGCUGUCAUGCGUUGUAAGCUACUGGGGGGUGCGGGGCAAGGGAGAAAGGCAGCUGGGCCACAGGGCCACAGCGUCUGACCGGCUUUGGUUUUGAGGAGGCAGCCACUGUAGCCCAGUAGUGCAGAAGGCAGGUCUGGAAAAGACAGUGGAAGUUGUCUGACCCCUCCGUACUUGGGUUUCCCCACUGGUAAAGUGCGAAUGAGGUAUGGCCCUAAAUCUGCAGACCAUCAGCUGAUACUUCUUACAUCACCUCGGGACCCAGCAAGUUGGAGCAAAGCUGAAAACCGAGUUAGAGAGCCCAUGGCCUCACGGGACCUCACGGGGCCUCACAGGGCCUUGGACUCCAGCUGCUGUGACGAGGUGUAAGGAACCAGAGUUUCUAGCACUUUCUAUGUAAUCCUGGGGUCAGAUGGCCCACCAGGCACCCAUUACUGUGGCCUCCCCAGGAAGGCCAUGGGCAAGCUGGGGACUCCCCCAGGAAGGUCACGGGGAAGCUGGGGACUCCCCCCAGGAAGGCAUGCAGAAACUGUGGCCUCCCCAGGACUGCCAUGGGGAAGCCAGAAACUGUAGGUGGCAGGAGGUGCUAACACCAAGAUGAUCCCCCCUGUUUUGCCUCCCACCGCACUGCACACAUGAACCUGGCCCAUACCUACAUCUUCUUCCCUUGGGACUGUAGAGAGAUGAGUCCCGCCCCCCAAGAGGUGACGCACUUGGAUCACAAGCUAGAAGCCUGCACCGCAAGCUUCAGUGGGGCUGGUGUCCCCAAAGGCCAGGCAUCGGGAGAAAGCACCAGGUACCUAGUUCUUCACACACUACUGCCCUUCUCCUUCCCAGGGACAUUGUCCACACCAAAGACUACAUGAAAGACGCAUUCUGCACUGCACCGUAUUUAUUUUUAUUUUGUGUGUUUCAUAGAGACACAAACCCAGAAACCAUUCUAAAUAAACAGGAGGAGGCAGGUAGCAGGCAGGGUGAAGAGAAGGAAAAGCUCAGUGCCUGCUGCGGGCUCAGAAGCCCACCCACCAAUGCUUUCACUCACAGUGAGGGGGGAGGGGCUUCAUCAAAGCCUCAAAGUUCUGACUAGAACUCCUGCUUUUACACGGUCCUUUACCUCUGCACCGAGAGAGGUCAGCACUUUUCUUCUGGGAGAUGAUUGUGUACCUCAUAGGACAGAUAAAGUUUCAUUCAUCUGUUCUUAGUAAGUCUUUUGUUGAACCAAAAUGAACUUACUCCCGUGAUGGGUACUUUUGUGCCUCUUCUCUCACUUCCCCUCCCAUGUCCCCUCCUUCUACUGGAAAAAACAUAUAUAUAUACAUAUAUACGUGUAUAUAGAUAUGUAUGUAUGUUAGUUUCAGGU